AUGUCAGAUUCAAAUAAUCUAACAGCAAGAUUUGGCAUUACUGAUAUUGGAAUAGGUAUUGAAAAGGAAAACCUAAAAUAGAUAGAAUCGCUUGCUGAUAAAAUAUAGAUAAAUGGAGAUCAAAGUCUUACUAUUAAAACCUCAUCAGAAGAUAAGAAGGAUAAAUAUGAAUAUGAAUUAUAAUUCAAGAACUUUAGACUUAUUCAAAGGAUAAAUGGAAUUCAAACUAUGAUUGUUAAUCAUAAAGAUUCACUUUACUUCGAAAAUACUUAGUUCCUAUAGAGAAAGGAAGUUGAAUACUAAAAGCAAGAAAAUGAAUGCAUUUAUUAGCUGUUCCCAUAAUUAUCUCACGAAAAAAUCAGAAAUUAUUUUAGCCUUGAUCCAUACUCACAAAAGACUUCUUCAUCAGAAGGUUUCCUAGAAACUUGGGAUUUCAGAGAAAGCUAUAGUAUGGGCGUUUACUUUCCUACUCCUUUUUUAUUUGGUAUACCUGAGAGGCUUGAUACAUUUAGAUUAAAAUCUACUGAGGGAAGAGGGUAACCAUAUAGAAUGACAGCGUUAGAUGUCUAUCCUCAUGAUACUACUGCUAGAGAAGGAACUUAUUCUAGUUUGCCUUAUAUUCAAGGUCAUUCAGUAAAUUUUGAUUCUAGUUUACUCUGGAUGACAGCAGCUGGAUCCUUUAUAGAUAUAUAUGAUUAAAUGGAUGAAUUAACUUUUGAAGAGGGUAGAUUUGUAGAUUUUGUAACAGAAUCUGGAAGACUCGAAAUAUAUAUGUUCGGUAGUGCAGUCUAAAAUUCCCCAAGAAGAAUUCAAAAAAUUAUGGCUGAGUUAACUGGUUAUUAAGCUUUGCCUCCAAUUUACACACUUGGCUACCAUUAUUGCAAAUGGGAAUCUGAAUUAUCUGCUAAUAGAAUGAUGGAAUGGAAUCGAAAAUUUUCAGAAAGUAAAAUUCCUGUUGAUGUAUUUUGGAUGGAUAUACCUUAUACAGAUGACUCCAAGUAUUUUGCUUUUUCUCCUAGAAAAUUCCCAGAAAAUUUAAUGGCUUAAAUGAAAAAGGAAGUUUAAGAAAAAAAUAGGCAUUUUGUUGUUAUCACUGAUCCUCAUGUUAAAUUAACAGAAACUUUUAGAAUAUACAAAGAAGCUUUAUAACUUCACUAAACAAAUUAGAGUAAUGACUUAGUAAGCAUGUUUGUGAGAUAGAGAAAUGGAAACAUCUUUAAGGGUUUAUGCUGGCCUGGUGAAAGUGUAUGGAUAGAUUUCUUUAAUAAAGGUGCUAGAGACUUUUGGAGUAAAUUAUACAAUUUUGAUUACUUCCUUGGGACUGAUGAUAGCUUCAACAUUUGGCUUGAUAUGAAUGAACCGUCUGUAUUUGACGGGCCAGAGGCAACAAUGCCUAAAGAUGCAUUACAUUAGUUAUCUAAUGGACAGGUAAUACUUUCAAAAGAUGUAAAAACAGUGUAUGGUAGAAUGAUGCUUGAGACAACAUACAAUGGUCUUAAAGCAAGAAAUACAACUGAGCCUAAGCGGCCUUUCAUUCUUACAAGAAAUACAUUUUUUGGUGGUUAAAAAUUCGCAGCAAAAUGGACUGGUGAUAAUAGUGCAACAUUUUAAGAGCUGAGUAUUUCUAUAUCUUAGAUAUUAAGUUUAAGUAUCACUGGCAUUCAAUUUGUUGGAGCAGAUGUUCCAGGAUAUGCUGGUUAGCCCACGGAUGAGCUUUAUGUCAUGUUUUAUUAACUUGGUAUUUUCUAUCCGUUUUUCAGGUAUACAUCAUUUUAUUAAGCAAAUAAGGAUGGAAGUCCUAUAGCGAGACCAUUAUGGUAUGAAUUUCCCUCAGAUACUGAUUGCUUUGGAAUUAAUACUCAAUUUAUGUACGGAGAUUCACUAAUGAUUGCGCCAAAGCUAGUAGGUUUGAAAAAGGGUGAAUUUUCAAAUUAAAAAUUCAGAUAUAAGGUUCCAAUAUAUCUCCCAAAAGAUAGUGAAUGGUACUAUUGGUUUAAUAGAACUGAAAAAAUUACUAGCUAAAGUUAAUUACCAGAAUUCAUUGAUGAAGAUGAGUAAGGGAUAUUUAUAAGAGCAGGCUCUAUAAUAACUAUUAAGUAGCAUGAGGGUAGAGAAAGUAUUAUGCAAGCAAUUAAUGAUGAUAUUAGCCUUGAGAUUUAUGCAGACAAAAAUUAGAAGGCGAGAGGACAUCUCUACAUUGAUGAUGGUAUUACUUUCAGAAAUUAAGAAAAAAAUGAAAGACUUUAUAUAGAAUUCAACUUUGAAAAUGGAAACUUAUACUAUGUUAACAGCCUCAAGAAUAAUUAGUACGACAACUGCUUAAUCAAAAUAACUAAUGUUCUCAUCUAUGGUCUAACUUAAAAUGUAAGGCAAGAAAGUGUAUCACUGAAAUCAGGGAAUGCAGAUGGAUUUGAAUUGUAUAAAGAUUUUCAGAGCAGCAAUAUCUUAGAUGAUGUGAAUAUUGAUAAUCUCACGCUUAAUGUUGAUUCUCAAUCUCCCACUGCAUUUAUUCCUCAAAUGUAUGAAAAUGCUCAAGUAUCAAUUAAUGGCAAUGGAUAUAAUUCCUUCAGAGAAUACUAAGCCAAUCACAAAGAAUCAAUGAACUUAAAAUAAGGAGAUGAUGAAUAAAAACUAGCACACAGAUACAAAGGAGCUAAAAUAUUCACUACAAAUAUUAAAGUUAGUGACCUUAAAAGUAAUGUAAAGACAAAAAUAUUUGCCAUGAAGUGA